GAGCGAGCUGUGAAGAUAGAAGCAGUGUAGUACGAAAGCCCGAAAUCUUAGUCCGUCGCUCACCAAUAUAAUAAGUCCGCUGCGAUUGCUCACUAAAGUACGGCAGUGCAGUGAUGAUCUCGACAUCUCUAGAUCACUUCGAAGAAUCUUGCGCACUCACUGACGAAAUUGUGGAUAAGUACUAGCGAGUGCUGUAUAGACCGCUAUACUAAUCUAAGAUGAGAAAAAUAAAAUUUUUGAAUGAUUCUGUCGCAACACCAGUCGCAGUAAAUACAGCGAACCUGUCGCUCUAUCGCUGACAUUAAAGAUGUUGCUUCACGAGACGAAGCUCCUGUCACAGAUCUGAUUGUCAAGAAGAAAGCGGAGGCUCGCGCUUCUUGUACCUGCAGGGACCACAGACCGUGCCCGCGUAGAAAUUCUGCGAGGAAGAACUUGGCAACAAGCUCCUUCUGUUGUGGGUCAUCCAGGUGAUCAGACGAGGACAGCUGUCUGUUGACAAACGACGGCAUCUACUUCCGCUAGAUCUUCUUGGAAAUCGCUGACAGGUUAGAAGAUUGCAAUGAUUCGGAAAUAAGGUUCCCUGAGAAAACCACCAUCAAACACGCAACACGGCAAACACCCCUAGCAGCGACACAACAACUAAGCGAGACUCAAUUUGUGUAGUGAACUUUUUCAAAAAGUUUGUAGUCCUUGUUCUACAACCUACUGUCGUCCAAGUUGUAGAGCAGUUAAGUAUUUUUUCCGUGGCGACAAGCAACUUGAACCUUUCCCACCACGCCGGAAAAAGCGCAACAGCAACUACCGGUGAGAAAAUGUUGUGCCUCGACGGGCCGCGAUACUGAGCGAACAGCUAGAAAACAAAGCAAAGGACCUCCAGCCGUAAUAAUCGGUGAAUCGAAGUACUAGCGACACAACCACACGACCGCCUACAUCCCCUCAACAAAAUGCCGAACAUGUUUGGGAAGACGACCGAGGAAGUCCCCGAUGAGGACUAUGUGGACGAUUACGUCCAGCACAACAUGGGCACCAUCAUCGAGGACGAUUUUCAGGUGCCCCAGAAACUGAACAUCGGCGACCUCUGGGGCGGCGUGUCCGAAUACGACGACGACCAGCCUGAGACCUCGGAAAAGGGAAAAAAAUUCAACGAAGGCCACCCCUUGCACUGCCGCUUCAUGAAUCCUUUAACCGGCUACGAACUGGCUGAGUACAGUUUUGUUUUCGACGGUUUUUCUCGUUCUGUUUCGUGAUCCGAUUGAUUUUUUACUCCGCGACUUUUUGAUUCCGCGAACGAGAAAAAAUCCCAAAAACAUCAUUAUUACAACAGGCGAUUAGACUUCAUCUCGAACCACCGAAAAGGGAACGUGCCAGACAUCUUCGCCCUGACCACUCAAGCUUGCAGAAGUACGAGUUUUCUCUUGCCGAAGCCCGGCACAGACGACAACAUGGCACUGCCGCGCAUGCUGCUGGAGCAUUGGACAAGACAUCUCCACUCACCAGACGACGCGGAGAUAAAACGUAUACUUUCUCUUUCGCAAGUCGCUACCUAAAUGUUCUUGCCUAUACACUGCAAAUUCUCAUUCGAUGCAAUGGAAAGUAAUUUUUUGCUGCGUUCCCAAAAAAAACGGGAAAUUUGGAAACACGACGAACAGGUCACCCCCAAGAUUACCCGCCCUUCGACUACGUGGAGGUGCCGAAAGCGCCAGCUCUUACGGGUAAAGCUCCGCUCUCUUUCAUCGACCGGAAGGGGUACCCAAGCACGGUGCGACAACUGAAGGCGAGUGUGGAUGAGUACAUAGACAAACCCGAGGACGCGGAGAAGGACACGUAUGAAGUCUCGCACCGGCUCUUCGCGGUCGAGGUCAUUCAGCUCUGCAACUUGUGCCCACAAAGCGUGCGGGAAGCGAAAAACCUCAUACCCAGUUUGAGCCGCAUACCAUACGAAAUUUUGUGGUAUUGAAGAAACGCAUUUAAUAUUUGGACCUACCAGUUUUCUUUGUUUAUGUGCUCCUCUUGUUGAAUAACCAGCUUGCUGGUGGCCGUCUUAAGUCGUUCGGCUUGGUCUUAAGUAGUGCGGCUCGUGCGGAGGUUCCGUCUUGGUAAGUCGGACGGCUCGUUAAGUCGUUCGGCCUCUCAAUUCGGUUCCUUAAGUCGUGCGGCCUAACCUUAAGUCUUUCGGCUUCAGAAGCCGUGCCGCCCCCUAAGUCGUUCGCCUUCGCCUUAAGUCGUGCGGCCUAACCUUAAGUCUUUCGGCUUCAUAAGCCGUGCCGCCCCCUAAGUCGUUCGCCUUCGCCUUAAGUCGUGCGGCCUAACCUUAAGUCUUUCGCCUUCAUAAGCCGUGCCGCCCCCUAAGUCGUUCGCCUUCGCCUUAAGUCGUCCGCCUUCUUAAGUCAUUCGGCUUUUAAGUUGUGUAGCUUGGCUUUAAGUCGUUCGGCUUCUUAAGUCUUGCGGCUUCUUAAGUCUUUCGGCUUCUUAAGAAAGUCGUUCGGCUUGGCCUUAAGUCGUUCGGCUUCUUAAGUCGUUCGGCUUCUUAAGUCGUUCGGCUUCUUAAGUCGUUCGGCCCCACCUUAAGUCGUUCGGCCUCUUAAGUCGUUCGGCGCCACCUUAAGUCUUUCGGCUUCUUAAGUCUUUCGCCUCUUAAGUCGUUCGGCUUCUUAAGUCGUUCGGCUUAAGUCAUUCGGCUUCUUAAGUCGUUCGUCUUCGUCGGAUUCUUAAGGCGUUCGGCUUCGCCUUAACAGUCGCUCGGCUUCUUCAUUCGCCGAAAGCGACUGCAGCCUUCUGAUACAGAAAAUGAUGCAGCAGUAGCAGAAUACUUUUUCCGUUUGCCAAAUGCGCCUGCCGCAACAUACUUAUGCCUACCAUGCAAAAUUAUAAACACAUGACAGGCACUACGUGAACGUGUUGCGCAACAACACGAAAACGUACGUGGAGGAGCACAUCAUGAAAAAAGCGGCCCUUCCCGACGACUACCACGCCAAGCGGGCGCAAACCGGCGAGGCCGAGCUCGACCACAUUGUGAAUGUGCGAAAAAGACGAACCUACCAGGACUACACUAUGGAGGAAUAUUACAGUGAAAAUUGCCCCCCACCCCUGAAAUUGCAAAAAUUUGUGAUGCGAAGUGUCCAAAUGAAAACUUUUUGUCAUGCAUGAAAGGAGUAUGAACCUUUCUGAUGCAGAGUCUAGGCGUGUAUCGCAUCGCUUGCAUGACAAGCGCCGCUCUUGCUGGGGUCUUUUGCAAUGCAAACUUUUGCUAUUCACGAUUGGAGACCUGUGAUGCUGAUAGAUGCAAGACGGCGAGUGUUUCAUUUGGAAAGGUUUGCAAUACAAAUGCUCCCAAGUUCGGGGGUGGGGGCAUUUUUCAUUGUAAUAAGGAAGACAUAGAUUUCAUGGAGGACGAAGAGGGGCGAGCCGGGGUGGUCGGCCGGGAUAUCAAGUGUAAAAAUGUCUGGGUCUGGAUGAAUGUAACUUGUGAUGCGCAUUUCAGAACACACAAAAAUCUCUUAUGCAUAUGCAGCAAAAGCUGCUCACUUUCUGUCACCAAAAUGGUGGAUUUGUCAUGCGGAUUCGGCCUUGCGGAAGCUUCUCGAAACUUGUGAUGCUAGAGCUUCAGUGCCAGACCUUCUGUGUCAUGCAGAAGCAGCGUGAUUCUUCCAGACCCAGACACUUUUACAUUUGAUACGGGAGGCAAAGAUCCGAAAAGGAAUACCCGACGCCGAGCGAGCAGCAGAGCGACGAAAGUAGCAGGGUGGCUGUUGACAUGACUAGAUUAAUAAAUUGGGCCGAUUAUAUGCAUCUUUAUCACUUCGAACAACGUCGUGUGCUUGAAAUAAACACGACAACUACUAAACUGAAGAUGCGUACUUCAGUCAAGGAGUUGUAGACAGGUACUAUAAGUAUACUCUGGAUCAAAAUAGACUGAUGUACAAAUAAAACAUAGGUACUACGAGAUGAUCGGGAAGCGGAAGCAGGCUGGUAUGGCCAUCGAGGACCUGGAGGACAUGAGUAAGACACCAUUUGACCACGCGGGUGCGGUGUCCCAGGCUGCUGGCGCCCUGACGGGGCGGUCGAUGCCGGACUACGUCACGCCAGGCGGCGGCGGCACCCCGGGCUUCACGCCCGGCGCGGGCGGCCGAGCGACGCCCGGCGCCAUGAUGGCGUCGAUGCGACAGACCCCGGCGGGCCUGAUCGGCGGAUCGCAGACCCCGGGCGGCAUGACCCCCGGGGGGCAGACCCCCGGGAACUUCAUGCUGGGGGCAGGCGGAGGCGGCGGGGAAACGCCGGCGCUGUACGGCGCGGGCUACGGCGCAAGCGGUGGGUUGACGCCCCAACUCCCCGGAACAAUGGGCAGCAACACGCCGGCCGGGGAGCUUUUCGGCGACGAGGGCGGCGCAACGCCAGCGGGGGAGCUCGAGGCGGGGGAGAGCACCAGGUACUACUCGUCGGUUAGAGAUUGAUAAGUUUUAUUUUGGGAGUACCAGCACCCGACUUUAGUGGUGACAAUUUGGUGGACGAGAUGCGUAGAGAUAGAAAGUACUUAUGUUCAAAUUUAUUAUUGGGAGGUCGGUACCCGCCCGUGUCGAGGUCGACGUCCAUAUUGUCAGGCCGUGAAGAUUCUAAGUUCUUACCCGACGGCGCAAGGAAUGCUACCAAUGAACUGGUAAAUUUUAAAAAAACAUGAUCCAUCAGCAUUGUUCCGGCAGCCAACUUUGGGACGAGUAGCGUGGCGGGAUUGGUGAAGGCCAGUCGACGCAACCUGUGGGACGGGGUCGUAUCCUGAGUAAAAACAUCCCCACCCCAGAGUUGUCAUGCAGAUUUGCGAUUACAGGAAUGUUUGUAAUGCGCAGCUCUACGAGAGGCAUUUCCAAUCGUGUUUUGGAAUCUGUAAUGCUGUAAACAGGAUGACAAAGUGGCUUUCUCAUGCAGCUUCCCUUGCUAACCAGCACUACACUGCAGAUGGAAACCUGUCAUGCAUAACUCCCAAACCUGGCAGAUUUGUGUUGCAGAUUUACCAACUUGACUAUGGGGUGGGGACGUUUUUACUCAGGAUAGGUCGCGGACGACGUUCUCAGCAAACAGAUUGACGGCGAAAACACUGAGCGCGUGAUCAACCUGGACCAGGCCAACGAUGGCGAGAACGACUUCGAUCUGCUGAAAAAGCUCGAGCGCGAAGCCCGCGACGGCGCGAGCAGGAAAAAAUCAGCGGAUGUGGAUGUCGACGCGGCUGGGGACCGCAGCGGCCGGCGCGCGGACCAGGCGUUCGAGGCACGGUUGAUGAAGCUGAACGCCCGCGAAGACCUGGAGGUGAAGUUGAAGCCGGUCUGGGAGAAGAGCGCCAAGAGCCGGUGGGAGAAGAUUCUCCUGGACGGCGCGUACUUCGGUAUGAUGAGCAAGUACCAAGAGCCGGGGUGGCUGGACAAGGAGUGGGAACGGAUACUAGCGUCGGAGCGGUUGGUGGUACUCAUUAACCACGCCACCAAGGUGGCUAGGAAACCCAUCCGCGACGUGCUCACUUCCAAAGACGUGAAAACCAUCGAGAGAGCAGGCGGCGAGGAGAAAGUCAUAGCGGUAUUCAUUUUGUACUUCUUUUAGGAGAUUUUUUCAUGAUACGCGAUAAUUUUAUUGUGCUUUCGGUUUUUUUGAGUACUCACUCACUCCUCACUGCAAGAACUGAAGCGCAUGAUGAACAAUUUUGUCAUGGACGGAACAGUUUUAUGCGAUGAAAGAACCUACCAUGAAACCCGUCUUGUCCUUGAACAAACUAACAGGACUCCAAGGUCGAGUGGUUUCACACCAAGGAAGGUUUGAUGAAGACCGGAAUCCAAAAGGGGACAGACAUUGUGAAGGAGAAGCAAGAAUACCAAAAACUGCUCACCGGGAAAGGCAUCAACGUGUCCUCCGCGUCAACCGGCAAGGGCGGCGGCAAGGGCGCUGCCUCGUCGGGCAAAGGCCAGGGUGACGCCGCAAAACCGCCACCACCUCCGACCAAGAGCAGCUAGAAGAAGCACGGGACGCUUGGAAUUCAAAUUCGCACUUGUCCCGCUUUUAGUGUUCAUCGUUUGGUCUGUUUCGCAGGACCGUCGUCGAGAGUUGCAAAGUCAAAUCGACGCGUCCUCUCGAAAGUAUUUGAAUCAUAGUCAAUUCGACAUAAAACAAUCCAAAUCCUUUGCGCAACCGAGCUCUGGUAGGCUCUUGAAAAAGUAUCUGUACUGGAGAAGCCAGACCUCGAGAGAGGGCAAACGCGAUCCUCCGGAGAAGUGUUUUUAUGUAGCAAUAAAUGACGCCAUUCGGAACACCCGCGCAGCAUUGGAAUUCAUUUCCACUGUUUGACACGGACUCUCGAACUUUUUAUGCAGGAAUAGUACUUUUUCAAGGUUCUUCCCCAGCGAACAGGAAAAU